AUGGCAUUGUACGUGCACAAAUAUGGCGGUAGCUCGGUUGCCGACGCGGAAAAAAUCGUUGACGUCGCGCGGCGGUUGGCGGAUGUACACGAUGCGGGGCACCAGGUUGUAACCGUGGUUUCUGCGAUGGGCGACACCACCGACGAAUUGAUCGAGCUGGCGCAAACCGUCGCCCGGGAACCCGACCCGCGCGAGCUUGACCUGUUGCUGUCCACCGGCGAGCUGGUGUCGAUUACCCUGCUUUCGAUGGCCCUGCGUAACCUCGGUUACGACGCCAUCAGCCUCAGCGGGGCGCAAGCCGGUAUUCGCACCGACAACACUUUCGGUAAGGCGCGCAUAAGUGCAGUUGAUCCAGACCGAGUGCGGCGAGAGCUGGCGGCCGGCCGUUUGGUCAUCGUAGCGGGAUUCCAGGGUUUGACACCCGACGAAGACAUCACGACGCUGGGGAGAGGCGGUUCGGACACGACCGCCGUUGCGCUGGCCGCCGCCCUUGACGCCGACCGUUGCGAUAUUUAUACCGACGUUGAGGGAAUAUACACCGCCGACCCACGGGUUGUCGCCGGCGCCCAAAAACUCACCGACGUUGGUUAUGAAGAGAUGCUCGAACUUGCUGCCGCCGGCGCCAAGAUGCACCCCAGGUCAAUCGAAUUGGGCGCGGUUUAUAAUGUCCCUAUCUACGUGGCGUCCAGCUUCAGCACCGCCCCAGGCACGCUGAUCCACGCCACACCGGAUGAAGAGAACAUGGAAGACCGUAUCAAAGUAACCGGAAUCGCCUAUCAAACAAACGUUGCCAAAGUGACCGUGCAAGGCGUGGCCGACCAGCCCGGCGUGGCCGCGGCGCUAUUCGAACCCCUGGCAUCGGCUGGCAUCAGCGUCGACACCAUUGUGCAGAACACCAGCGCCGACCGCACGACCACCGACAUCAGCUUCACGGUGGCCACCACCGACCUGGCGCGCGCCCUGAAGGAGAUCGAACGCCUGCAACCCGCCGUGGGCGCUGCCACGAUCAUCAGUGAUGACACUCUGGCGUCGGUCAGCGUGGUGGGUUCCGGAAUGCAAAAUACACCGGGAUAUGCCUCUCGGAUGUUCCGCAUUCUGGCCGACGGAGGCAUCAAUAUCGAUAUGAUCACGACAUCGGAAAUUCGAAUCUCGUGCAUAAUCAACCAGCAACGGGCCCACGAUGCGGUGCGCCUGCUGCACGAGGGCUUUCAGCUGGACCUCGCCAGUUAG